CUCUUCGUGGCAACCCGAAACGAAUGAUUUCUGAUGCAGGCACACAAUUAGUAGCUGCGGGAAAGGAACUAAAGAAGUAUGGAAUAGAAUGGAAUGUCAUUAAAUCUGCGGAUGCACCGUGGGAAAAUGGGUGCAGUGAAUCGUUGAUCAAGUCUGUGAAGAGGUGUCUUGAAAUUGCUGUUGGUGAUUCGAUUUUGACAUUUUCGGAAUUGCAAGCUGUGUUUUUUGAGGUUGCAAAUUUGGUGAAUGAGAGACCUAUUGGAACCAAGGUGUGUGAUCCAAAUGAAGGAACGUACUUAUACCCAAAUGACUUGUUAUUGGGUAGAUCCAGUGUACGAGUUCCUCAGAUUGAAAUGGAUGAACGUUGCAACCCACGGCUCAGGUGGAAGUUUAUUCAACAGCUGGUUGAUGCUUUUUGGAAGAGAUGGAUCAGAGAUUAUUUCCCCACUCUAAUUGUUAGACAGAAGUGGCAUACAAACAGGAGGAAUCUGAAACGGGGUGAUCUGGUUUUAGUUCAGGACGCCAACUUGAUUCGGGGGAAAUGGAAGCUUGCCCAAGUUGCUGAGGCAGAGCCAGGAACAGACGGAAAGGUUCGAGAUGUUACAGUGCGAUACAAAAAUGUAGGUCCCGGCGCAAGCUAUACUGGAUGUACUGACACUAUCAUUCGUAGAUCCGUCCAUCGACUUGUUGUAAUACUACCUACUGAUGAAUGUGAUUAGUUGUGGACUGAUUAAGAAACUAGUUGGGGGAGUGUAUCGUCAACGAUAUUGUAAACUUUCCGGAAAUAUUAUAGUUGGCCACUAUUUUGUUACUUAUUUUACCGGAAGUGUGUUUGUUUUGGAACGGCAUGCAUGGAUAGAUAAUCCCACGUUUUGUUUAGUACGUUAUAGCUCAAUAAUGUUGGACCCAUCAAUGUGUUGAAACACUGGAAUAAAUGGUUACAACAGAUG